AUGUCUUUUGAGGAAGUGGCCGUGUAUUUCUCUGAGGAGGAGUGGUCUCAGCUGGAUCCUGCCCAAAAAGCUCUCCAUGGGGAAGUCAUGAUGGAGAAUUCCAGGAAUCUGGCUUAUCUGGAGACACAUUCAGAAGACAAACAAUAUACCUGCAUGGAAUGCGGAAAGACCUUCUGUUAUUAUGACUCUCUUACAAUCCAUCAAAGGAAUCACAAAGGAGAAAGACUUUAUAAAUGCAUGGAGUGUAGCAAUGCCUUCACUUGUAGCAGUAAUCUUAAUUCCCACAAAAGGAUUCACAAAGGAAAGAAGUCAUAUCAAUGCAUGGAGUGUGGAAAGAGCUUUACUCGUAGCAAUGAUCUUAAUUCCCACAAGAGUAUCCACACAGGAGAGAAGCCAUAUAAAUGUAUGGGAUGUGGAAACGGCUUUAGGAAAAAAAUUGAUCUUACUUCCCAUAAAAGGAACCACAUAGAAGAGAAACUAUAUCAAUCGUUGAUGGAAAAGAAACCUCUGUCCCAUGAGGAGGUCGCUGCUGCCGCCGCCGCCGCUGCAGCCCGAAAGCUACACCGCGACCGCCGCGGCCAGCGCCCCAGCACAAGGGCCCAAAGAGAACGCUGA